GGGCAGGAGAGUCGUCCAGAGCUACAGCUGCUGCUACUUCAUCGCCAGCACCAGCCGUUGACACGUGUCUGCAUACCGAUUACCCUGGGGCUAGGAUAUCACGGAAUGUUCCCGCGCAGUUCUGGGGGGGAAGAGCCAGAGGGCAGCAGCUUCUGGAGGGAGGGGAUUGGCUCUCAUAUGGCUCCCUUUCAAAUCAUGCCGCUCCGGCUGCCCCCGUCGCCCCCGCCUCUGCGGGCGGAGCUUGCGGCGAGGCGGGCCCUUCUCUUCUACGACGCUGCGGUUAUCCAUUUAGGCGUAGGAUCGGUAUCUCGAUUUUUGACUGCAUCGUUCUCCCAAGCCGAAUCCUGCGUAGCGGCUUCGACGUACUCUUCUUCGUCUGCCCAUGUUCAGAACGUCGAGGACUCGGCGAUGGCGUCCGGCAGAGUUGUUGUAAAUGAUGCUGAUAACCAUCAAGAGAGCAAUCUAGGGCUUGGCAUUGACAAACAAGCAAACGAAAAAGCGGAGGAAAUGAGGAAUAACACCUGCUCUUCUUCUUCUUUUUCUUCUUCUUUUCCUUCUUCUUCUUCUUCUUCUUCUUCUUCUUCUUCUUCUUCUACUACUUGUUCUUCGGUAGUUUCAUCGUCCCCUCGCGCUUCUUUCAAGGAUUCUCGUCCUGUACCUUUUCCUCCGGCGAAUGUGAAUGCACUCUUCACGCUGGCGAGAGCUAGGCAGUUUGAUCAGAUGUUGGUUAUGCACGACCGACUGGUGGCCGAGGAAACAGGACAGCAGCAGGGAGGGAGGAUGACGAAAGUAGGGGGGUUUGCAAGCCCCUUGUUCCAAUCCGUGACGUACAAGAACCUGGUCGACGUGUGCGGAUCCUUUCAAGGAUCGCUCUACGUGGUACCACUUUUUCGAAGAAUGGUGGAGGCGGGAGUUAUUCCGGACGUUGCCACGUAUGGCGCGGCCGUCAAGGCGUGUGCGAGGAUCAUCAACGUGACCCCUUUGACUGUAAUUACGUCAAGAAUCAGAAAAGGGCAGGAGAGGGUGAGGGUGAUCAAUCACGGCGAGCUGAUAGAUGGCAAUGCCAAGCGAGCGGUGGCUGAUGCCCUUCAUCUCCUGUCUCAUAUGCGCACCUCCGGACCUCCUCGCAACUUCAUCGUGUACCUGCCGUUACUUGGACCGUUAUCGACCUUGGCAAUGACGAGCGAACUGACGGAUGUGGUGCGUUGGAUGGUCGAAGAUCGGGUGGAGAUGGAGGUGCAAACGGUAUCCCGGCUGGUGGGCAGAUCUCGAGUCGGGUCCAUCGCUAUGACGGCACUUGUAUGGGGUUGGAUCCGAGCUGGGCGCCCAGACAAGGCCCUGAUAACGCUGCGGAAUGCCAUUUGUCAAGGCUGGGACUUCAACAAAGCCGUCUACGAGUUGUUGAUGGAACAUUGCGUGAAAGCGGAAGUUUUCGACGGAUUAGAGCAGGUGAUUCCUCCCCUCCUUUGGGAUGAGCGAUGCAUGGCGACGUUCUUCGGCGCGCUUGGUCAGCGGGCACUGACAGACGCAGCGGCUCGAUACAUGCUCGUUCUCAAGAACCAUCUUGAGUCGAGACCUGUCAGGAGGCGCAACAGCAGCAGCACCGAUAAUGAUAGCAACAACGCUCCUCCUGGCGGCGGCGGCUGGUAUCAUCAUCAUCAUACUCUUCCUGACGAUCAGCAGGAGGCAGGAGGAGCAAGAGGAGGGGAGGGGAUCGUUCGGUCCGGGGGUUCAGGGAGAAGCACGACAGAUUCGAAGCUUACGUACGCGAUGAACCUGUUCCUGACGGCCUUCGGCAAGAACCAUUCUGUGGAAGAGAUCAAGGAAGUAAUGCAGCGAUUGAAGGAGGAGACGGGGGCGGAGCCAAGCUCCGUGUCGUAUAAUAUUAUGAUCAGCAGCGCCUGCCGGCAUGGCAAUAUGAUGAAAGCUCUCGAUCUUGUCGACGAGGCCAAGCGCGCAGGGCUUAACCUAACCACGCGAACGUUUAACUCCAUUCUGGGUGGGUUUGCCAGAGCUAGAUUGAUCGACGAAGCCUUUGAGCUGUUGGGAGCGAUGGAGAGAUUAGGAGUGGUUCCUAACGUUGUCACCUACAGCACGCUUAUCCAUGCGUGUGCGACGUCGGACCAGGUGGAAUCUGCGUACGCCGUUCUAGCGGAAAUGGUCAAGAAAGGUGUGACAAGGAACGUGUAUAGUUACAAUCCCCUGAUCGCGGCAUUUGGCGCCCGAGGUCAGUUGAAUAGAGCACUGAGCGUGCUGAAGGACUUGAAGAUGGAUGGUGUGGAACCGAACGACGUCACGUACGCGUUGCUCAUACGCGCGUGUGGAAUCGUGAAGAAUGUGGACAAGGCUUUUGAGAUCUACCAGGAGAUGAUAGAUGCAGGGAUCAAACCCUCAAGUAACGUGGAUGCCACGUUGUUGACUGCGUGUUCGCGAUCGGGGGAGACGAAGCGCGCGUUGGAGGUGUUUGAGGAGAUGGAGAAACGGGGAGAGAAUCCCGACAGAGUGGUCGGCAGUGCCUUGUUGCUCGCUCUUGCCGCACAGGGUAUGCCGUACGAAGGCCUGGCGCUGUAUAAGAAGAUGAGGGCUAAAGAUACUUGGCCUAAACCAGGGGCUGUCUCUCGUCUCAUGGUCGAGUUAGGAAGGAUUGGCGAGUUGGACGCCGUCUUCGAGAUGUUCGAGGACAUGAAAAACCCUAAUUCUUCCCUAGAUAUUUCUCCUUACGACCGUGAUGUUUACUAUUACGGCCGCUGCACCAUUCUCCUUACCGCGUGUAUACGGAAUAGUCAGCUGGAGAAAGCGUUGGACUUUUUGAAAUUGAUUCCGACCGAAGGUCGACAGAACGAAGCUGUCAUGUUCGAUCAGCUGCUGGUCAAUUGUUCUUCCGUCUCGAAAGAUUCUGGCGGGGUUCGAUGGCUAGACGUCGAUGAUGGAUUUGCUGUUCUCGACGUGAUGAAAACGUUGGGAGUCCGUCCUUCGCGGAUUGGUCUCGAGGCGUUGAUUGAUUGCUGCCAGGGCAUGGGAAAUGCCGACAAAGCCGAAGAGGUUGGCAAAGUCAUGGAGAAAGAAGGACUGCCAUUCACGGUCUUCACUCGCAUUAGAUUGCUCAAUGCCUACGUGUCCGCAGGGGACAGCCAAAGAGCCAUCGAGACGCUGAGGGGGAUAGAUGCAAACGAUCUCCGGGACUACGAUGUGCAGCUUCUCCUGCGGAAGAUCAUGCAGCCUUUCUUUGAAGCAGCUGCAGAGUCUCCAGAAAAAGCUGUGCAGGCGGACACUCUGCCGGAAGUCAGAACGUACGUUGAAGAGAUGUUUACACGCGUGAAAUCUUCUUAUCGGAGGAGAUCAUCAGCCGACGAUUACCGUCAUCAACAGGCCGCAGAGGAGGAGGGAGGAGAAGGAGAGGAAGAAGGUGGUACAGGAGAACAAGAAGAAGGGAGGACUAAAAUGUUGGAAGCGGAGAAAUUUGCUGUUUCGGAUGAUGUUGGGGAAGGUGGACACUUUCUGGACCUUGCUGACGUGUCGGACGUGCCUCCAUUGGCGGGAGGGGUUUAUCCUUACGGGGAUCGGGGUCGCGAUGGGGAUGCCGCCGAUGACGACGACAAGGCUGACACUACAGCGAGCAGAAGAGUGCGGGAACUACUAGCUUGGCAGCGUGAUCCCGAUCGCGACCUAAGUAAUUGAUCUCAUUUUUGAAGUUUUGUUAGCCGCUGUUGCAGAAUGUAGCAGGAGAAGGGGGAGGCUGGGGGAGGGGAGGGGGGGAGGGUAUAUCGUUACAGAAGAGAUAGGGGGCUCGCGAUCAGGUGGAGAAGAGUAGAGGAGUGCCGAAGUAGCUUUUUUCAUUUGUUGAUUUUGGUAGUAGCUAGCUGUUUUUUUUUUUUUUUUUUUUUUUUUUUUUUUUUACAAGUUUCUCCCGAACGCGAGCUAGCUUUCUUUUUUGCUGUUGUUUGAAGUAGCUAGCUUUUUUUAUAUGUGGUUGUUGGAGAUAGCUAGCUUUUUUUAUUUGUCGUUGUUUGAAGUAGCUAGCUUGGUAUCGAAAUUUUCUUUUUUUCUAUCGUAGAGCUGAGCCGGCCGACAAAGCACACACCAAAUUUGCUGUUUUGUGAGAAAAAGAGUCACUACGCUCACCACUUCUUAAAAAAAAAAAAAAAAAAAAAAAAAAAAAAAGAGAUGCAACGAGGAAGCAAGGAGGAAGCAACAAGGAAAGGGCGCAAAAUCACCCCCUAUCUAAAACAUGGGCAAAACAAAAAUGCAACGGACGG